CUCGCCCUGUGGCUCAGCACCCCCAGCGGGUCAGAGCCGCGCGGGCCCCGGGGAAGCCGCAGUGCUCUCCACGCCCUGCCUCCAUGGAACCCAGACCUCCUUCCAGCCCCUGCCCCAGUUCCCCAGCUCCCGCGUCUGGAGGCAGAGGGCCCUUCUGCCGGGAUCCUGAAACCUUCCUCCCGCAGGAACCAGUGAGCUCCGAGUAGACCUGGUGGACUUUGAGGACAACUACCAAUUUGCCAAGUACAGAUCCUUCCAGAUGGCGGGCGAGGCGGAGAAGUACAGGCUGGUCCUGGGGGCCUUUGUGGAGGGCAGUGCGGGUGAUUCUCUGACAUACCACAACAACCACUCCUUCUCCACCAAAGACCAAGACAACGACCAAGCUGCUGCUGAGAACUGUGCUGUGCAGUAUCAGGGAGCCUGGUGGUACUUCACCUGCCACCUGUCAAACCUGAAUGGUCGCUACCUCAGGGGGGCCCAUGACAGCUUUGCCAAUGGCAUGAACUGGAAUUCGGGGAAAGGGUACCACUACAGCUACAGGGUGUCGGAGAUGAAGCUGCGGCCCGCCUAGCCCGGUGCUGACAGCAGAGGGGCUCUGCACGCACCCUGGCUAGAGGAGCGCAUUCCUCAGCCCUCACGAGGAGAGCAGCGUGGGGAUCGUGGCCCCAUCCUCAUGGGAAGUGGGAGCUCCCACCAGUCCCUCGUGGUCAUGACCUGCAGAGUUUUACACCCAGCACCCUCGUCAAGCCCCCUGCCUCCCGUCUGUAAGGCUAGGCAAAGCCCCAGUAUGUCUCCCUCACUGCAGCUGUCAGUGCUCGCUUGCCUUGCAGGGGGGCGUUGGAUGCCACGACCGUUUGCACUGCCCAACCACUGGCCACGCCCCUGUGCUGCUCACCCGUCCUUGCCUCCCCGUGACCUGGCCCUACGGCUAGGUCAGAUGACCUAGGGCUGAGGGUGUUUCCCACUGGCUAAGACAAAGCAGGGCCACCGAGCCUGUUUGUGAAUAAAGUUUUAUUGGCACAGUCGUGCCCAUGGCUUC